UCACAAACUGAGGUGGGUGUUUUUACACUCUCUCCCUCCUCUGCCUUCACUCUUUACUCUCGGGACGCGAUGAGGUUAACAGCACUGUGGGUAUGUGGGACCCUGCUGGCCUUCUCGAGUCUCUCCUGGAUCACAGCAGGCUCCGAUGAAGGACUCCUCCUGGGGGAUAAAGGAUUUGGGCCUUGUGCUGCAACGCUGAGACCCGACGGGCCGUGCAGCCAGGAUGAGGGCUCCUGUCCUUACCUAUUCAGCCUGCCGCCGCUGACUGUUCAUUUGCCACAACAGCUUAGGGAGCUGGAGAAGAUCAUGGAGGACUUGCAGAAGCUGAAGGACAGCGUGGAUCAACUGAGGGAGCUGUGUGCAGACUGUACAGUAAGCCAAACUGAGAGAGAGUGUGGGAGGCAAAGAGAGCAUGAGAAGCUGAGUGAGGGUAAGGAUGAAUGUGAGGAUAAGAGGAACUGGAUGAAUGAGAGACUUCAAGAGAAUGACAGAGAUUUCAGACAGGAGUUUGGAACAGAUACAUUUAAGGUGGAAAAGACGGAAGGAGAGGGCGACUCAGAAAACAGAUUCUUUCUGGAGGAGAAAGAACGAGGAAAAUGGGAACCAGAAAGAGAGAGUGAUAAAGGAGUCAUAAAAGAAAAUGAAAAAGAAAGAACUCGGACAGGAGUGGCAGAAAAAGAUGGAAAAAGUCAGACAGAGGGGGCAAAAGCGAAGGAUAAAUUAGGACAGACAAAGGUGCCAACUGCUGGUGGAAAUGAGAAAAAAGUAGCUAUAACGAGGGAAAAGGGUGCUGACAAAAACACCAGGGAGCGAGAGACAGAUGAAAAGAAAGAAAAUGCAGGGAUACAGAAUCAAAAGCAAUAUCAAGAAGAUAAGUUAGAGAGUGAAAAAGAAAGAAAGGUGCAACCUCCAGUGUGGCAAGGUGAAACAAAGGAAACAGAAAAAAACAUCCAAACUGAAGCCAGUGAUAAAAUAAAGAUGUCUGAGGACCAUGAUGUGCAUGCAAAGAAGGAGCAAGAGCAGCAUGAGGAUGAAAGGAAAAAGGAAAUGGAAAAGGGAAUAAAAGUGGAGCAAAACAUUGAGAAACAAAAACAGACCGAAAGCAUCAGGCGCACAGAAAAAGAGACGACUAUAAAAGAGGGGGAGGUGGAGGAAAAGGGAAGGAAGACGGGAAAGGAGAUCAAGACAGAAAAAGAAAAAACAGAGAAUGUGCAGAGAAACAGUGAUGGAGAGUUAUCAUCCAACAAAGCAAUUGAAAGGACAGACUUUGUUUCAAUCAGCCCAACUCCUCGGUCUAUCAUUAACAUUGCCUUCAGGCCGGACUCAAACAAAGCUACAAUCUUUACAUCAUCUAUUCCAUCUCUCUCUCUGCCCAGUUCCACUUUAGAUUUGAUCACAGAUGUGAGUCAUGAGGCAAUAACUGCUUAUGGACCAACCCAAAGCACAGGCCUUGGAGCAGCUGCUAAGUCUGAGCCCUCACAUCCUGAUGCAGAGUCUGAUACAACAACAGCCACAAUAAGCACUCUGGGUGGCCCCAGACAGCAGAAGACCAGUGCCACAGCUAAAUUCAACUCUGCAUCCACGGUAGGGCCUAGGGCAGGCUUCCAGGGUCACAGUAGCUCAACUACUCCCACCACAACUCCUCAUCAGAAUUUAUACAUAACAGCAUCCCCCAGAGCUACAGAUCAGAGCCACUGGACAGCUAAAAAGAACAUCAGCUCAAAUACAAAGACUGGUGUGAAACCCUUGCCUGAAGAAGACCAAAAGCUGAAAAAUCCUAAGAAUGACCGUAAAUCAGACCAAGCUCCUUUUCCUGACAAAAAAACAAAACAGGACCAAAAGCAGAAGCUUCCUUUCUCCAAACCUGCCAACAACCCAGAACGAGUUAUGUCAAAAUCCAACCCAAAAACUCCACCUAAUAUUUUACCAACUGAUCAAAAACUUAAAAGCAAUCUAACACCAAAACACAACCAAGACCAUAGACCUGAUCAAAACAAGUCACCUCUUCAAAAGCCAAAACCUCAUCAAAAGCCUGGGAGUCCUGUUCGGAUACCUAUAUCUCAUCGAAAGCCUCAAACUGGAAAUGCAACCAGUUCUGACAAACAUCCUCUAAUCAACCAAAAGCAGAAGCCUUCUCUCUACAGUCCAACAACUGACCAAUCCAAACCUGCUAACAGUCCAGAAGGAGAACAAAUUCCACAACCUGAUCAAAGAACUUUGCCUGAUAUUUUACCAACUGAUCGAAUUUGGAAAAACAAUCUAACAACUAAAGGUGAUCAAAGUCGUAGACCUGAUCAAAACAAGUCACCUCUUCAAAAGCCAAAAUCUCACCAAAAGCCUGGGACUCCUGUUCGGACACUUACAUCUCAUUAUAGACCUAAAACUGUAAAUGUAACCAGUUCUGACAAACAUCCUCUAAUCAACCAAAAGCAGAAGCCUUCUCUGAACAAACCCACAACCGACCAGUUCAAACCUGCCCACGACCCAGAACAAGACCAAACUUCAAAACCUGACCAAAGAACUCCGCCUGAUAUUUUACCAACUGAUCAAAGUCUGAAAAACAAUCCAACAACCAAAGGUGAUCAAGACCAUAGAGCUGAUCAAAACAAGUUACCUCUUCAAAAGCCAAAAUCUCAUCAAACACCUGUGGUUCCUGUCCAGAGACCUACAUCUCAUCAAAAACCUCAAACUGUGAACACAACAAAUUCUGACAAACAUCCUCUAAUCCACCAAAAGCAGAACCCUUCUCUCUACAAUCCCACAACCGACCAAUCCAAACCUGCCAACGACCCAGAACAAGAACAAAUUCCAAAACCUGACCGAAGAACUCCAUCAGAUAUUUUACCAACUGAUCAAAAUCUGAAAAACAAUCCAACAGUGAGACAGGACCAAGACCAAACACUUGAUCAAAAUAAAUCACCUCUUCAAACACCAAAAUCUCACCAAAAGCCAGCGACUCCUGGUAACCCAAUAUCUCAUCGAAAACCUGAAACUGCAAAUGCAACCCACUCUGACCAACAUCCUCUAACUAACCAAAAGCAGAAUGCUUCUCUCUACAAUGCCACAACCGACCAAUUAAAACCUCCCAACGACUCAGAACGAGACCAAACUUCAAAACACGACCAAAGAACUCUAUCUGAUCUUCUACCAACUGAUCAAACUCUGAAAAAUAACCCAAUACUUAAAGGUGACCAAGACCGUAGACCUGAUCAAAACAAGUCACCUCUUCAAAAGCCAAAACCUCAUCAAAAGCCUAUGACUCCUGUUUGGACACCUACAUCUCAUCAAAGACAUGAAACUGUAAAUGUAACCAGAUCUGGCAAAUAUCCUCUUAUCAACCAAAAGCAGAAACCUUCUCUGUACAAUUCCACAACUGACCAAUCCAAACCUGCCAACAACCCAGAACGAGACCAAAUUUCAAAACCUGACCAGAGAAUUCCAUCUGAUGUUUUACCAACUGAUCAAAAUCAGAAAAACAAUCCAACAACUAAAGGUGAAAACAAGUUACCAACUCAAAAGCCAAAAUCUCAUGACGCGCCUGUUGUUCCAGUCCAGAGACCAGCAUCUCAUCAAAGACCUGAAACUGUAAAUGCAACCCAUUCUGACAAACAUCCUCUAAUCACCCAGAAUCAGAACCCUUCUCACUACAAACCCCCAACUGACCAAUCAAAACCUGCCAAGAACACACAAGUGGAUGAAAUUUCAAAACCUGACCAAAGAACUCUAUCUGAUAUUGUACCAAGCGAUAAAAAUCUGAAGAGCAAUCCAUUACCUAAACAUGACCAAGACCGUACAUCUGAUCAGCAACCUGAUCAGUUAAACAAGUUACCUAUUGAAAAGCCAAACUCAGGGUCUGUAGCUCCCGUCCAGAGACCUACAUCUCUCCAAAAUGUAAAUGCAACCUAUUCUGACAAAUAUCUUGUCAUCGAGCCAGCACAAGAGUCUGAUGGAACCCCAGUUAUUAAUCAAAACUCAAAACUUGAGGAAAAACUGGUCUAUCCUGUCAAAAUGGAGCCGGCUGAGCAAGAGCAAAAACCUGAGAGAAAGCCAAACGGAGAGGAAGAAACACAACCUGAUCAAAACGUUGAACUCAAUCAAUAUCCACAAUCUGUACAAGAUCCUGAAUCUAAAAGAAAUGACACCGAGAGCUUCACACCAAAACCUAACCAAAAGACUCUCACUGAAUCCAAGGAAAAAUCUGAUGCCAGUCCCUCAUUUGAGCCUAAAUCUAAUGAAGACUCAACACCAGGACAGAAAGUUACACCAGAUCGAGAUAACACACCCCCUGAUCAAAAACCCAAACCCAGCCUCAAAAUCCCUAAAAUGAACCAAAAGCCUAAACCUGGCCUAGGGCCCAAACCAAACCAAAAACAUCCAAGGCCUGUGACAGAAAUAAAGACUAAACCAAACGUACAUCGUAAAACUGAUCAAGCACCACAAACCAAUCAGAGCCUUAACACACCUAGACCAGGCCAAAUCCCUGAUCUUAAUGCCAAGUCUGUGCCUGGUGCAGGCCCUGAAGCAAAGCCCAACAAAACACCCAAACCGAGGCCUCCCCCCCGAUACAGACCACCAGUUAAACCUGCAGUCAAGCCAGGAGCAACACCCAUUCAACGGCCAAGACCAGCAGUGCAGCCAAAGCCAAAUGCAAAGACCAAAACACAUUUAAAUCCAACUCAGAUCAGCUGGACUACUUCAGAUGACGUCCAAAAUUCUCAAACUGACAUGCCACCUACAGCUGGCCCUGCAAAACAGAUUACUGAGGUGACUCAUUCCCCAAGGGACACAGAGUUCAGUCCCAGCAUGAGGAAAACUAUCACUUUGGCUCCAAAGACCUACAACAGCCUGGAAACUGGAGCCUCCCCUCACCUUCACACUCUGCCUGAGGACUUCACAACGAGCCCAAACAGCAGGAGUAUGUCUGAUCUGAGGCCACAAACAGCCAGUCAGCCGCCAUCGAUCCCAGUGACAACAAGACCAAACAAAAUCAUCCGUAAGAUCCUCCCAAGUGUUAUCCCAAGCACCAGGCCAGGUCCCACAAAGCCAAAUCUAACUCCCAAAUCUGAGCCCAGCUUACAAGCUGAAAUAAUUCACAAUGUGGAGACAACUGCACCUGCAGGCCCAGUCCCUCCCCCUAGUUCUCAAACCACCUCCAGACUCAGCCCUGACUUCAGGUCAACAACCCCUGCCACCUCUGGCCCUGAGCCCCCGGCUGCAGAGGCUUCCACUCCCAGUACACGUGAGCUUCGUGUGAAAAUCAACCAGGUGGCCGCUUUCCUCAACAACAGCCUGAAUCCAAAUGGAAGACCACCGCACAGGCAUCUGAAAGAGCAGCCCGAGGACACCCAGGGAGGCAGCAGGCCUGACAAGACAGACAGUAAACUGCCAACACCGACACCCUCCAAAGUUGUCUACAGAGACUGCUCGGACCACCUGCUCAGAGGAGAAGCUCAGAGUGGAGUGUACCUGGUGACCCCCGACCCCCGGGGAGGCAGCUUCCCGGUGUUCUGUGACAUGGAGCGGGAAGGUGGAGGGUGGACAGUGCUGCAGCGGCGCCAGGACGGCAGCGUGAGCUUCAACCGCACCUGGGCGGAGUACCAGACCGGUUUCGGGCAGCUGGACGGCGGAGAGUUCUGGCUGGGCAACGACCUGAUCCACCUGCUGACCCGGGACAGGGACAUGGUGCUGCGGGUGGAGCUGGAGGACUUUGAAGGGGUGGCGGAGUUUGCGCAGUACGAGCAGUUCAGGGUGGCCAGUGAGCGGCUGCGCUACCGGCUGACGGUGGGGGGAUACUGGGGCACCGCAGGUGAUGCUCUCCGCUUCAACAAGAGGUACGACCACAACCACAGGGCCUUCACCACCCCGGAUAGGGACCACGACCGGUAUCCGUCCGGGAACUGCGGGGUCUACUACAGCUCCGGGUGGUGGUUUGACGCAUGCAUGGCUGCAAACCUCAACGGGAGAUAUUAUGAGGGGAGAUACAAGGGAGUCAGAGAUGGGAUCUUCUGGGGGACGUGGCACAACAUCUCCACAGAGUAUUACCCCACUAACGACAGACAGUCCUUUAAAUCAGUCCGGAUGAUGGUCAGACCAAAGGGCUUUGCACCAUGAAGCUGUGACUCUGCUGCAGGGCGUUUUUGGGAAAAGCAUCAAAGGGCUAAAUUUCAACCAUAAGCUCCUAAAAUAUUCCAUAAAACCCACUGUUACUCUCCACAGCCACUUAUUUACCAGCUAUUGACACAAUGCUGCCGCCUUGUGGUGACUGAUUUUGCAAUACUGUUUUGUUGAAAGGAUGAUAUGACAAUAACUGAGGAUGUACAUACUAGUUCCAGAGGUCAUAGUCCUAAAUGCAUUGUAUCUUUUAUAACAUUAUUAUGUCUUCAUAACAUUUUUGUAGAGGGUGGAAUUUGCUCAGUUGAGGGAAAUCCUCCUGUGAACAGUUAUUUUUUAUAUCAGUGAAGACAGACUGAAUCUGACGGGUAUACAGAUUUUAUAUUGCAGUACUGGAAGGCCAGCUGAUUGUUGACAGAGACUGUUUGGGAUGUUUAAGAAUUGCCUACAUUUGUUUUGUUAAUACGAAUAAAAUUAAUUUAC